AUGUGCGCACUCGGUGGUGCGUCUCUGCGCUGCAGCGCGUUCUCUCGGGGAGCGGGGCGCUUUCUGUUCGUGGAAAUCGAUUCCACAGACCCCGGUCGCCCCUCUUCAACCCAGUCUACCAUCUCCGUUACCGUAGUGGAAGAAAGUACGGUAAGAGUACGGUAGAAUACGGUAAUGUACUGUAUGGGUCAUAAAUAGUAUUGCCAAACUGUUUGCAUGAUUUUUUUCGAAAAAUACAGUAGUUUCAGCCCGUUACGGUAGAUGGAAAACGGGAAAAUUGAAAUUUUUUGUGGUUUUGGGGGAAAGUUUUGAAUUUUUGUUAAUUUUGAGUAUGUUUAAGACGGAAAUAAUAUGAAUUAUCGAAGAAUAGGAAGUAUACUGUAUGAAAAUUAUGUUACUGUAACCUUUUUCAACGGUUGCGUUAAUCUUUCAUUGAAAAAUUAGAAAUUCUCAUGUAAUUUUGAAGUUUUUCUUUCGAAACAAGUCUGAAUUGGAUUGAAAAAUACAAUUUGGCUUCUUUAACUGUUUUUUAUACCAUAUGCCAAGCUUUUGGUAGAUUGUAUUGAUAAGAACACGAUAUUUUUGAUAUUGCACCAAGCGAAGAUGAGCAAUGUUUUUUGUUAUUAUUUGUUUUGAAAUUUUUAUCUUCAUGUUGCAUUUGAGAUGUUUUGUACGAUAAUGUUUAGUUUUGAGUGUGAUUUGCAAACAAAUUUACUGUUUGAGAUGCGUUUUUUGGGGAUAUUACUUUAGGUGGUCAAGGGUAAUAUUUUUGAUGGUUUUGAGCAUAUUGCAAUGUUUUUUUGGGGAUUUCUAAGUUAGAAUGGAUGUGAAAUGUAUAAUGAAGAAUGUUUGAACGUAUUUUACUUUAUUUCCGGGUUUACUGUGUCCUAAAAUACCUAAAAAUUGCUGGUAUUACAGUAACUCAUAUUUCAAAAAAUUUUAAAACUUUUUUGAAAAUUUGAUUGUUACAUGGUUUAUUGAGGUCCGUCGAGCUAUAUAAACUCCUUUUCGGUACCAAUUUCGUUUACAAAACACCUUAUUUCAGGAGAUGAACAUCAGUUCCUUGCCAAAGUUCGAACCCGACCAAUUUCCGGAGGAGCUCUCCGGCUACGAUGCCGAGUCCGAAUCCUUCGACCAGAGUCUGAAUAUCACACAGAAACUCAACUCUUUCAAUGGAUUCGAGCUGGACCAGUCGACGGAUUCCAAUGGAAUGCGGCCUUCGAGGUCGGUGCAUCAGUGUGCCGUGUGCAACAAAAUCUUUGUCUCGCUGAAAGGUAAUUUUUUAAAGUUUGUUACUGUUUUGUGUUUAGGAGAUUGGAUUUGUUGUUUGACCGUGCUUUAGAAUGAAUUUUUCAAUAGAAUAGAAAAAAUUGAGUUCAGGAGUGACGAUUUUUUUGAGAGACAUCUAAAUUUGAUGAUGAAGAAGAGAAAUUUAAAUUUUUUGUCAAAAUUAAAUUGGAUUUUACGAUAAUUUUUGCUGAGUGAGCUGUAAUAUAGUGUAAAAUACAAUUUGGUGCAUGGUAGUUGCGCCUAUGAUAUGUGGUUUUUGCAUUUACGUGCAGUUUUUGACCAUAGUCAUCAGUUUUUGUCUAAAAUAAGAUGAAUUACCCGUAAAUCGUAACUAAUGCCUACAAAUAGCUGUUAAUUGAUUAUGGAGCUUUAAUUUAUGAUCUAGAAAGUCUAUUGAUUCAGUAAAACGAUCAGUAAAGUAUAAUUAUAAUCUCCAUUUCAGGUCUACAACAACACGCCAUCAUCCACACGGACCAAAAGCCUUUCAGCUGUGAUAUCUGCAAUAAAUCGUUUCGAUUCAAGUCAAAUCUCUUUGAACAUCGAUCGGUGCAUUCUGGAUUCACUCCACACUCGUGCCCAUUCUGUGGAAAGACCUGUAGAUUGAAGGGAAAUCUGAAGAAACAUCUGAAAACCCAUGUCAGCACAAAAGAAGAGUUAGAUCAGGCGUGGAGGCCGUUCGCGAGGUAAGUAUUAUGUUUCUUGUUGUGUUUUGGGUCUAGAGAAGCAUGUAGGACGAAUUGUAAGAUUUUUUAACAGAAAUAUUGUCUAUUAUUUUUUUUUGGGUUUUGAGAUUUUUUUUGAUUUUUAUGCAAAUUUUGACGAUGAAAAUUCAAAUUGAUUCUUGGCGAAGAUGCCUUCUGACCUUGAUGAAAAUUUGCACUACCUUUUCUCAUAAAAAUUUUUGAUUUUUUAUCGAAUUUUUGAAAAAUUUCAAAAAUUGAUACAAUUAGAAAUCAACAUAACUUUAUGCAAAUUUUCCCGUCGAUUGCCGUAUAACUGAGCGCAAAACAGAGAUUACAGCAACCGCCGACCACCAGCCGACAUCCCAUCGGACGCGAUCAUCGUCCGAAGCGGGAACGACGCCCUAUUUACACCGCCAUCCAGAGCCCGAAAACGAAAAUUGGGACUCGGCAAUGAGGCCAGAGUAUGGGUGGAGAAGAUCAAGCGUGGAGAAAUCCUGCCUCAGGCAUCGUUGAACGAAAAAGUAAGGUUUUGGAUUAUGUUUGUUUUAAUUUUAGGCAUUUUUGAAGUGAUCGUAUUUUAGGUGUAAAAUCACCAGUUAAUUUAGUUGAAAAUUGGUUUUCUAAGUUUUUUAUGUGGCUUUAGUGAGUAAUGAAACUUGCUGAGAUAAUAUUUUCCACUUUCGGAACAUAAAUUAUAUUAUCCAUGAGCAAGAUUGAUUAAGAUUUGCUGGUUUUUGAAUCGAUUUUGAUAUUUUACGUACCAGUAACUAAGAAAGACGUAUUUUACCUAAAUUUCUUCCAGAUGCGACGUCUCUCGGUCCUCAUCGAAGCGGUGAACAAACAAUCCUACAGCCGGGAAGACUUCUUCCGCCAAGCCAAAGCCAUGGCCUUCGAGAAGUUCGAAUGCCCCCUCUGCAAAUCGGUGUUCAUGUCGAGGCUGGAAUGUAAAGAGCAUUUGGAAAUGGAACACCCACAUUAUUUGCAGGAACGACCCUUCUUUUGUGAUGUAAGUGCCUAGUGUAAUAUGGGGAAUUUAUUGGGGUAAAAUAGGAUACGUUUUGAUGUUUUAAUACUUAAUUUGGCUAUGAGAUUUAUAUUCGAUUAGUAUUUAUAAAUUUUACCGCGUAGAACGGCGGAUUUCGCCGAAGCCUAGGGCGCAGCUCGCCGAUUAGAAAAGCUUGGAAUUUUGCCGGAAUUUGAAUAUUAUUGGAUGUUUUGAGGUUCAAAUGGUCCUCUGAGGUGGUUUUUAUGCUUUUUUUGAUCAAAAUUUUGUUAUUUCGCCUGAAUUUUUCGGGAAAAAUUGAUUUUCAGUUGAAAAAAUGUUGAAAUUAGGCAUUUUUCGCCCAAAAAAAGUGUAAUCAGUUUUUGCACAGUGUGUGAGAAAAAUUUAUCGGUUCCUUCAGAAAGUUACAGUCCAAAUUCUACCCGUGUUUGUCAAAAUUUUUCAAAAAUUUUAUGAAAAAUCAUAUUUUUUGAAAUUUCCCGUGUUUCAGAUGUGCAUCAAAUGUUUUGUGGACCAGAAGACGCUAGAACAACACCAAAGCUACCACGCCCGAAUCCGCGACCUCAUCGAAAACAAACAACUCACCAUGACGGUGCCCGAAAUGCUGUUGCCGCAGGCCUGCGAAGACGAACAGGACGGCCAAAACCCGCCGGAACUCUAA